ACCACAGGAGCUUCAUUUCAAUCCACUCCACUGUUGAUGCUGCAUACUUCAAUAAUGGAAGAAGUGAGAAACAAGCAGGUAAUAUUGAAGGAUUACGUUCAUGGCUUCCCUAAGGAAUCAGACAUGCUUAUCAAUACUUCGUCCACCAUAACUCUCAACCUUCCACAAGGUUCUAAUGCCCUUCUUCUUAAGAACCUUUAUCUUUCCUGUGAUCCUUACAUGCGGAAUCGGAUGAGCAAAAGUCAAGGGAGUUACGUUCAAUCCUUCACUCCUGGUUCGCCUAUAGUAGGAUAUGGAGUAGCUAAAGUCGUGGAUUCUGGGCAUUCAAACUUUAAGAAAGGUGACCUAGUUUGGGGAGGGAUUGGAUGGGAGGAAUACAGCAUCGUCACAGCUCCUGAAACUCUAUUCAAGAUUCAACAUACUGAUGUGCCUCUUUCCUAUUAUACGGGACUUCUUGGCAUGCCUGGUAUGACCGCUUAUGCUGGUUUCUAUGAGAUUUGUACUCCAAAGGAAGGAGAGUAUGUGUUUGUUUCAGCAGCUUCUGGCGCAGUUGGUCAGCUUGUUGGGCAGUUUGCAAAGUUGUCAGGAUGCCAUGUUGUCGGGAGUGCUGGAACAAAAGAAAAGGUUGAGCUGCUGAAGAAUAAGUUUGGAUUCGAUGAUGCAUUUAACUACAAGGAAGAGCAAGAUCUGGAUGCAGCUCUAAAGAGGUACUUCCCCAAUGGCAUUGAUAUUUAUUUUGAAAACGUUGGGGGGAAGAUGUUGGAGGCGGUACUGUUGAAUAUGAGAUUACGUGGUCGCAUUGCAGUUUGCGGGAUGAUCUCACAGUACAAYYUAGAGGAGGGGGARGGGGUGCRGAACCURUCUAMCCUGAUAGGAAAACGUGUGCGUAUGGAAGGGUUCAUCACAAGCGAUCAUUAUCAUCUGUAUCCAAAGUACAUGGAAAUGGUUAUACCCCUCAUAAAAGAAGGGAAGUUAUGUUACAUUGAAGAUAUCGCCGAGGGGCUUGAAAGCGCACCUGCAGCUUUGGUCGGGCUAUUUUCUGGCCGAAAUGUCGGGAAGCAAGUGGUGGCCGUGGCUCGUGAAUGAGUCGGUAUGGUUGGGUUUUAGAUUUGGAUGGUUACAUUGGUAUUAUUAUGAAUGAAUAAGAAGCAUUUGGGGUAUAUUGGGACUUCACUUCUGCUUACACCCAUUCCCUACCAUUGGGACAUAACAGAUAUCAAUGGGGAUUCAGUUGGUUCACUAUAGAAUUAACUGUGUAUUUGUAUUUGUAUCUGUAUUUGUAUCGAGAGAAAAAA